AUGACCUAUGAGCUUAGUGUUCAGGUCAUUGCUAUGGGCAGUCGUCCUUUUAAUGCAUCUAUGCAGGCAGUUGGCGGCACAAAGGGCGGCCCCGUCAUUACGCUCAGCAGCUACCAGAAGCUCUGGCCAGCCCUCGGCCCCGUCAAGCUGCCUGAGGGUAUCAACGUAACAACCUUCGCUGAGGCAGACCCGCCGCUCACUAGCAUGCCCACAGAUGAUUGGACUAUCAACUCUACAAACGCCUAUCCCGACAACAACCUUGGCACGCCCAUGCAGUUCCACUACGAGGCAGCCAACUAUAAGCUAUUCUAUACCAGGGACCUGUUGACCAAUAUGACUAGCCUGUGGUCUGCGGUGGCGGACAUGAAGUGGAACGGGGCCAGGUGUGUCAAGGGCUCAACAACCAAUAACGACAGCACAAUGGGCUACUCCGAGAAGGUCUUGUCAGGCUUCGCGUAG